AUGUGCUGCGGACGAGAAGGAAAGGAUGAGGAACAUGCAGUGCCAGAGCGGUUUCCUGGAGGCAUUCCUGAGACUUUUCUCUCGCAGGAAGAACACGAGAAGCAGGAGAAUGACUUAAGGGAAAUGAAGAAGAAGGUCGACUCGAAGGAGGCGGAGGCAGCCAACUUGCGGAAGGAAAACGGGAAGCUGAAGCAGGAACUUCAUGAGAUGAAAGAGAAGUGCGACUCGAAGGAGGCGGAGGCAGCCAACUUGCGGAAGGAAAACGGGAAGCUGAAGCAGGAACUUCAUGAGAUGAAAGAGAAGUGCGACUCGAAGGAGGCGGAGGCAGCCAACUUGCGGAAGGAAAACGGGAAGCUGAAGCAGGACCUCCAGGAAAACAAAAAUGAAAUUAAAUUGAUAAAGGUAAGAAAUAUAGAGAUGGGAGAUGGGAGAUUUUUUUCCCUUUUUUUUCCCCUUAUAGGACAAACUCAAGAAGCAGGAAAAAGAUCUACAGGAGAUGAAGAGAAAGUGCGACUUGAAAGAGCGGAGGCAGUCAACCUGCGGAAGGAAAACGGAGACAUCAAAGAGGAAGUGAAGAAAAAGGAAGCAGAAAAUGUACAAAUAGAGGUUGAGUACGAGGCCAAAUUGCGGGAAUCGAACAUAGCCUGCAACAUCAAGGAAGACGAGGCAGCCGACCUGAAGAAGGAGAAGAGAGACCUGAUGCUAGAGAUCGGAAGAAAGGACGACGAGAUCGAAGCGCUCAAGGACCAGGUGACGAGAGCGCAAAACAACAGGCAAAGGUGUGAGAAAGAAGCCGUGGCCGAGAAGGAAGGUCUCAAUGAGCAAAUCGCAGAUCUUCAGUCUCGUCUGAGAGAAGAAUCGCGCAAGAAUCGAGCGCUGACGACGCAGAUAAAAGAGAAGGAGAGCGAGCUCACCCAAGCCGAGGCAGAGCACGAUAAAAGGGUGGAAAGACUCACAGCAAGGGAGAAGAGGAAAGAGAAAGAGGCAGCCGAAGAGAGAGACGAGCUUGAGAGCGAGCUCAGGAGACGAGACAAGAGGAUCGAGGCCCUCAAGAAAAAGUUGAGAGAUGCAGAGGAGAGAGAAAUCGACUCGGAACUCGAAGAGGAAGACAGCCUGUUACAGCGGAUGAUGAUGCUGUGCAAAGAACAAGAACAAAAAGACAAAAAACUUCAAUCCUCGGCCUCAGGCAGGAGGAGGAGGACCGCUCGGGGAGCAGCUGGCAGCGGCGAGACACCGCCAGAAGCUGCCACGGACGGGGCUAGUGGAGCGGCAGGCAGGAGGGACAAGCCUCAGCAAGCAACUGGCAGAAGAGGCAAGGCUAAGCAAGCACCAGAAGACGACGAGCCUGUGCAAGCAGCAGGCAGGGAUGAGCGUCCGGAAGCAGCAGGCAGGGGGGGGGGGAGGCCAAAGGCAGACAGGAAAGGGGAGGCGAAGGUAGAAGCGGACAGCGAGGGUUGUCACUAGAAGACAGUGACUAGUUAAUGAGAUUUCCUCCAGCCGUGGAAUCGUAUGUAUAAUAACUAAUAAAUAUAUGGGGUACA